CUGCUCCCCACUGGGUUAAGGAGCCUGUCAGUCAGUUAUAUGCCCCGGGUGAGACAGUCAGACUGGACUGUCAGGCAGACGGCAUCCCCUCUCCUACCAUCAGCUGGACCAUCAAUGGGAUCCCCCUCACAGAUAUCGAUACGGACUCCAGACGUAGUGUGACUCCAAGCGGCUCUCUUAUCCUAAAUGAUGUCAACUUUGAAGACACCGCCAUAUACCAGUGUCAGGCCUCCAAUAAGCACGGAACCAUCCUCACCAAUACCAACGUUUAUGUGAUCGAGCUGCCACCACAGAUCCUUACCGAGGAUGGGAACACAUACACAUUUACAGAGGGCCACAAGGCUUUGAUGGAGUGUGAGACCUUUGGUUCUCCUCAACCUAAAGUAACAUGGGAGAGUGGCAGCGGCUCCCUUCUGGCAGAUCCCAGAGUUAACCUACUGACGAAUGGGGGCCUCGAGAUCGCUAAUGUCACCCAUGAUGACGAAGGCCUCUACACCUGCUCUGUGCAGAACACCAACAUGUCAAUCAAUGCAGAGCUGGAAGUGCUCAACAGGACCGUGAUCUUGUCGCCACCACAGGCCCUAAAGGUGCAGCCUGGAAACACAGCCAUCUUCACCUGUCUGGCCCUAGUUGACCCCAAACUCGGUUUUCCGCUCAUUCAGUGGAGAAAGAACAAUCAGAAGCUGUAUGAGUCGCAAAGUGACCAAAA